AAAACAAUCACCUCAGGCACCCCAGGCCAAAGCUUGUCCCGGAAUUUCGAGCUCGACGACCACCAUAUCGCAUCGCAACCCACACACCCCCCGUCGAACCGACGCCGAUACCCCCGAUCUCUCGAACCAAACGAUUGUUUGUUCGAUACGCAAUUCAAUUGACUCCCCGACGAACGGAGGGGCAAUUGAUCGACACAAGUCACUCGACGAAACUAUACACACCUUCUAGACGAGCGCAGCCGACCGCGUUGGGUCGGUAGGAAACGAUUGAGACAGGAUGCCUCAGGAUAUGCCGCCCGUGGGAGGUUACCAGGCUGUGCAGUACAAGCGCAACCUGCCCGCCCGUGGAUUCCGCCCCGGCACAAUGUUGCUCGGUAUGGGACUGGUGAUGGGAUACGGAUGGUACCACUUGACCAAGGGUAUCCGGGAAUCCAACGAGCUGGCGAGAGAGAAGAUGUGGGCGCGAAUUCACAUUAUUCCCCUCCUUCAGGCCGAGGAGGACCGCGACCAGGUCCGCAGGUGGUACGCCGACCAGGCGAGAGAAAAGGAGCUGUUGGGCGAGAACACCAAGGUCUACCACAACGAGAGAUUCGUUCGUCCUACCUUUGCUCUUGCGCCGCAGAGCAAGAACUAGAUUUUCCAUACUUGUAUCUGGCGGAAGGGAGAAGGGGUUAGAGGGAAAGAUGGGUUGGGGCAAAAGAAGCUGACAGAAUGCUGGCGUAUGUAUAUGAUACUUUUCGAGAGGGAGAGAAUCAAGACGACCUGUUCCAUCAUCAUGCUUACGGUUGCGCCGUUCUCUGGCUUUUGGUAAAGGACGAAGUGUAAAAACGUGGCCCAUGGCAGGCUAUGUUGCCCACUGUGCUUCAAGCCGUGGGCGAGGUUAAGAUUGCAGUGCUGUAUGCAAGAACAACAGCCCUACAUCACAGCUUGAUAUUUGCUGUGUGAUUGGAGGUCAGAGUCCGCACAUUUCCACAUGUGCGCCGCUGCAGAGCUAAGCGUCAGUCUCAUAUCAUUCUCCCAAGCCUUUGAAUCUUUUCCCACCCAUCUGUGCGGCUCUCCAGUUCU